GGACUUUCCUGAGGGUAGUUUCCCACUAUACGCAAGACGUUCGACUCCUACCGUGAUUGGGAGCUGGUACUGCCCUUUUGUAUUCGUGAAAGAGGAAAACUUGAGAAUAGAUGAUCAAAUGAGGAAAACCUUGUUCUAUGAACUGAGCCUUAAGCAGUGGUGGGAGCGGAUAUACUCAGCCGAAAACGAGAAUCAAGAGAAUAACGUCGUGGUUGUCGAUGCGAGAGUGAAGAGGUUGCUAUGUCUGGUUCUUGGGAUGGAAGCUGAGAAAGACGGCAGAGAGGAUGGGGAUGGGUUCGUUUGGUUUAAGGUAAAGGGAGAUUGUAAGAGGAGAGUGAGUGUGGGUUUGAGUUGUGCGGUGUAUGAGAAAAUGAGGUGGGUGCAGGGGACAAGAGGGUGGUUUGAUGGGGAGAGGGAUGUGAGAGUUUGUGGUAGUAAGGAGAUUGGAAGCAGUAGUAACGGGUGGAGAAAGUUUUGUUGCUAUGUUUUGGUGGAGAGUUUUGUGGUGAGGAGAAUGGAUGGGAGUUUGUUGAUUAAUUUCAGCUUCAGAAACACAGACAGGAUUGAGUGCAGAUGGGAGUGAGGUUUCUAUGUAUGGGAUUGCUAUUUGUGUUGGGAGGCAGUUGUAAUGAAAUCAGUUGGAGUAGUAUUUAUUGUAAAAGAAGUGAUCAUAAGUGUACAUUUGUUGCUUGUCUGUGAUUCUUGUUUGAUAUUUUGUACAUACUUGAUAGUGUUUAUAGAAUGAGAAAAUCUCCUCCUUACAUUUAUAAUAUUUUGA